AUGAAGAACCUGGCUAUUAAAACCAUUCAUAAGAUGGAAGAUGCCCUCACAAAGUCCUCAGCCAAUGUGACUGUAUUUUACGGCAGCACUAGUCACUUCUUUCAUUUACAAGUUCUGAGCCAAAAUCUCCGAACAAGAGGCAAGAUCUGGAUCAUCACAGCCCAGUGGGAUUUUACUGUAGGUCCCCGGCCAGACAAACCAGACUCAAAUCCAUUUCAGGGCGCCUUGUCCUUUGCAGUUCAUAAGGCGGAAAUCCCACAAUUUCGAGACUUCCUUCGGUCUGUGAACCCUAAAAAAUAUCCAAACGAUGUUUUCAUGAAGCAUUUCUGGGGUUUUGCCUUUGACUGUGUGAUGCCUCCUCCCUACUCAGUCCGAAUGUAUGGGAAAAGAAAAUGCACUGAAAGGGAACGACUGGACAGCCUGCCUGUUUCAGAUUUUGAUAUGAACACCGUGUGGCAGAGCUAUAGCAUUUACAAUGCGGUCUAUGCAGUAGCCCAUGCACUGAUGGAAAUGAGAUAUCAUCAUACUGGAGAAGGAGGGAGGAGGAGGAGAAAAGGCCUACUACCCCCAUGGCAGGUAUUAUGACACAAAUAAUGUAUCUGAGGCAGAGGAGAGUUUUCAACAAUGCCAGAGAUGGUUUGAUAGCCUCAUCAUUGUGUAUGGUGUCCCCACAUGAUUUGUCAGGGCCCAGUGGUAUCAGAGGCAAACAGGGUGGUCCACACAGGCCUGUGGCUUCAGGUUAUGGAGUAUACAGACAAGGAUCCCUAGGCCAGAGGCAUUUGAUGUAGUUCAAAUUCCAAAGCAGGCAGGUAAGAGGGAGAAGAGAGAAGACAAGUGGCUGAAACAGGGUAGCCACUCUGAGGAAACGUCUUUAAAUGAGACCAAGAGGGACUUCAUUGGCUCUGCAGAUCACCUGAUUCCUCAGGGCUAUUGGCUGCAAUCUCCCUUCCUGUCACACUGUCAGUGGGCCCUGUCCCACCUAUAGAUUUGAAUAGUUUUAAAUAUAUCCUGGAUAAUAUGUAUGCCUGUAGAGGAAAGCAGAGCAUUGUUCCGCAAGUGCAGUUUGAAACACAGCAGGGGGAGAUGCCCUCUCUGGCUUUCAAGCCACUAACAUGGAAACACUGAAAUAAUCACCGAAGUCACAUCUUACAAUAUUUAUAUUAAUUUAAAUGUGAUGAAUCAACUAGCUAACUGUGGGACAGUUAGCUUAUUUAAGUAAGUUCUUCUAUCAGUUGGCAGUCAUAAUUAUUAAAUCUUACGUUAGUGAAGAGAGAUUUCUUCCUCCCUUGCAAUCUCUGCCCUCAGCUCCACACAUUUCUGAAGAAGGUCCGAUUCAAUAACAGUGCUGGAGAGGAGGUUUAUUUUGAUGAGAAUGGAGACUCCACAGCUACUUAUGAUAUUUUAAAUUGGAGCGUGCUCCCUAACAGCUCCCUGGUUAGUGUGAAAGUUGGAAGCGUGAAGGACCAUGGCCAAGACUUCUUCUUUGACGAUGCUAAGCUUGUCUGGAAGGAACGAUUAGGGCAGGUGAGACUCAAGAAAGACUCUGCUUUGGGUGCUCCACACAAGUGAGGUAUGGUGGGUGGUUUAUGGGGCAGUGCCCAAUCCGUUGGGAAAGUGGGUUUGUUGUGCAAGUGUGCCAAAUGAACAAUAAGGACACAACCUGAAUCUGUCAAUAUGUGAUUGAAUGCCAUCAUUUGCAAAACAGCCACUUUAAAAAACGCAUUUCCUCCUGCACUUCUUUAGCAUCCGCGCUCCAUCUGCAGUGAGAGCUGCCUCCCUGGAUUUAGAAAAGUGGCUGAAAGAGGAAGGCCCAGCUGCUGCUUCAAAUGUGUCCGGUGCCUACCUGGCCAGAUCUCCAACCAAAUUGGUAAGAAUGUGGCCAAGGCAUACAAACAUAUAGCGUUGUGUUCUCUGUGUUUUCUGCUUUUUCUUUUGAAAUUCACAUUUUUAAUCUUGGAUCAAACUCAGGAGAAAAUAGUUCCCAGCAUAAACCACCUGUGCACAGUACUGAUGGGCUGGAGUCUAGUAAGUCACUAACCCAUUUCUUUAUUUCAGCCAAAUCAGAUUCCAGUGUUUUAAGAAUGAGCAGUAUCUUUUGUCUUUUAAGGGGGUGUAAACUGAAUGUGUAUUUGGUUGAAUAAAUGUAGACGAGCUGCUUAAUUAGCUAAAGCAGCUUUGAACAGAGGGGGUAGGGUCUAGGGGUCAGUUGAGCUUUAUAUUUUUAUUAAUCUAAAGUUACACAUGCUAUUUAGCAGCACUGGGCUUCUGGGGUGACCAGGCUAUAGCACAACUCAUCUGUUCAAAAAGAUGGAUGCAUGGGUCUAUGUGGUCAAUAGUGAGAUCCAAUUUGUGUUUUCCAGAUAUGGACCGCUGUGAGACAUGCAAAGAGGACUACUAUCCAAAUGAAGCCAGAAACAAGUGUGUUCCCAAAAACCUAAGUUUCCUGUCCUAUGACGAGCCCCUGGGGAUUGCUUUAGCGUCCUCUGCUCUUUCUUUCUCCCUCUUGGCUAUAUUUUUGCUCGGAACCUUUAUUAAACACCGAGACUCUCCCAUAGUCAAAGCCAACAACCGAGAUCUCAGCUACAUCCUCCUCUUCUCUCUAAUGCUCUGCUUCCUCUGCUCCUUGCUCUUCAUUGGCCGGCCAAGGAUGGAGACUUGCCUUCUCCAGCAGACAGCCUUUGGCCUCAUUUUCUCAAUCUCUCUUGCUACGGUCUUGGCCAAAACCAUCACUGUGGUUCUGGCCUUCAAUGCCACAAAGCCGGGGAACAGAAUGCGGAAAUGGCUGAGACCCAGAGCUGCCCAUGGCUUUGUGCUGUUCUGUUCUCUCAUCCAGGCUGGAAUCUGCGUGGUCUGGCUGGGAACCUCUCCCCCAUUCCCAGAUUUUGAUACUCGCUCGGAGCCUGGGUACAUUAUCCUUGAGUGCAACGAGGGCUCCGUCACUGCCUUCUACUGCAUCCUAGCUUACAUGGGUCUCUUGGCUAUGGUGAGCUUCACGGUUGCCUUCCUGGCCAGGAAGCUGCCUGACAGCUUCAACGAAGCCAAGUUCAUCACCUUCAGUAUGCUGGUUUUCUGCAGCGUCUGGGCGUCCUUCAUCCCAAGCUACCUGAGCACCAAAGGGAAAUAUAUGGUGGCUGUGGAGAUCUUCUCUAUUUUGGCCUCCAGUGCUGGGUUACUAGGCUGCAUCUUCUUCCCCAAGUGUUAUAUUAUUCUGCUGCGGCCAGAUCAGAACAGCCGGGAGCAUUUCACUCGAAAAUUAAACUCUGGAGUCCAACAGCUUUAAAUUUGGAGACUGAAAUACUGCAUGUUGUGUGGUUGAUUGCCAGAAUUCGGAUAUCUGAAGAUUCAGCAAGCCAGUCUCUCUUCCUUUUUUAUCUCCACUUGGCGAGAUCUUCCUUGGCAACUGGCAUGGCCUUCUGCUCCAGCCAGAUAAGACCAAAAAGAGCACCUUGUCAGCAAAUAUUUCCACUGAUAAUAUAUAUGAGUGAAUCUGAAACAUUCUGAUUUGCUUUGAACUUUCAAGAGGCCGAUCCUUCACAGGAUCCUUAGUGUAUUUUUAGAUCCUUAGUCUAUUUUUUUCAUCACGGUCUGCAAUGACUGGUAGGGGCUUUCCACAGUUUCAGACAGUUGGGCAGGUUCCCUGGAGAUGCAAGCAUCCUACCUGAGGCCGACCACUAGUAUUCCCACUUUGCAUUUGGGGUGACCACAUUGCUCAGUGGCAAAGCACAUGCUUUACAUGUAAAAGGACCCAGGUUCCAUCCUCCGACUCUGCUUUUGUUCAGAUUAAUGUCUGCCCCCCUUAUUUGUUACCACACCUGUAUGGCUAAGCCAUGUGUGGAAUUGUGAGACCAAUAAGUGCCUGGACACCUGUGCUCUGCUCUAUCUUUCGAAGUCAAUCAAAGGAGUCCAGGUGCCAAGGAAAUUUUUUUGGGGGGGAGAAUGUGUUUUGUUUAUCAAUGAACUUGUUUGCCAUCACGAGCCUUGCAGCACUGUUGGGAUUAGGCUUGGGUUGGUAACUCUGACACAGGGAGGAGGAAAAAUAAAUUCACAGAGGGGUAAGUGGACAGACCUGGGUAGGAGCAGGGGGAUUCCCACUUUCCAAAUUAACUUCAGCCAUUUUAGAAGACGGAGCAUGGAUGCUGGCUCUCCCUUCACCAAUCUUCCUGCAGAGUAGAGUGCUUCAAUGGAGGCUGGGGAGAGCUUUGAUCAGCCGAGAUAGGAGGUUGGACAGGAGGCAGAAGUGACUCAAUAUGAGCCCAAACAGGAGAGUGCGGUGUUGCUGCCUAGGGUCAGACUCUGCCCCAACAAACCAUGCACUUUCAAUUUUGAUAUUGAAAUCUUGGCAGGAGGGACAGGAAACCUGUUGGGACAUCUUUGGCCCUUCCAUCCAGUUCUUGCCCUCCUCCUGAACUUCUGAAUUGUGACUCCUGAGCCAUGAAUCUGCUGCUGAGCUUGAACUGUUAGGGCUCACCUACACUUCUGAUUGUCCCAUGCCUAGAAAACAUGGGCCCGAGUGGUUUUUCACUUGUCCCUUAUGUUCUAGGCAAGAGUCGGAGCAGUUUUGCCUUUGCCCCGCUGCUUUACUCUGGAAAAUCUGCUUUCUAGUUCUGAAUUGAAGCAAACAUCAAUCUGGAGAAAACUAAAUUGAUGUUCACUCCAAUUCUGUGGUAAACAACAGGUUUUCCGGGGGAGAAAUACUGGGGCAAGCAGAGGUGUGGAUGAGUUCUUACUUGCUUAAAUAAAUAGCUAUUUCUUACCUAAAAGUAAAAUCAUUUGUCUGUGUGUUUUGAGGAGCUGGGACAUUUGCCACUUAUAAAGUAUGGAUGAUAAAACUCCCACACAUUGUAUCAAUGGAACUUUCAAAAUUAUUGGUUGUCUUCUUACUGCUGCUGCCGCCUUUUAGUAAGAAUAUUAUUUUAGGUGAUGAUGUGACUUUGAUCCAGAGAAAAUAUGCAUCUUCCCUGCCCCUGCCUUCUUCUUUUCGUAACAUAGUUUUUAUUCCUUUUCAUUUUUUAACUGCUUAACAUAGUUGCUUUGAGAUAUAUCUUUGUUUAUAUUAGAGCAUAUGACAAUGCAACUAUUACAUAAAGAUAAAACAGCAAUAAAUACUCAAAUAAAAGUUUCUGAAUAUAUUAACGAAGUUGUGUUGAAAUGUAUUUACCAAAACUAUUCUAAUUGUUACAGAUAUGAUGUAUGGGUAUGUGUAUUGCUUAGAUUGGUGACCGUAAGUAAAAUAUAUUUUGCAUCAAUAACAAUUAGAAUUUAUAGGAAUCUAUAGGAAGUGGGGAAGGAAAAUAAAAUAUGUACUUCAUGCUCACCAGGCUGUGCCGUAAACUUUAUUGUUCUACCAUAUAUGGCUUUAGAUCCAUUUCAGUCCGGUUUCCGUCCUGGUUUUGGGACCAAGAUGGCUCUGGUUGCCCUAACAGAUGAUCUCCAUAGACAACUGGAUCGAGGCGGGUCAGGACUGGUGAUCCUUUCAGAUUUGUCAGCAGCCUUUGACAUGGUCGAUCAUGAUCUUCUGGACCACCGCCUCGCAGACGUGGGGAUACAGGGCAUAGCCCGUAACUGGCUGUGCUCUUUUAUCUCUGGUCGGGGACAGAGGGUGGCACUAGGGAGGGAAAUGUCGUCACGCCAUUCCUUGGUGUGUGGAGUGCCGCAGGGCGCAAUUCUCUCCCCGAUGCUUUUUAACAUCUUUAUGCACUCCCUUGCCCAGAUUAUCCGGAGCUUUGGGCUGGGCUGUCACCAAUAUGCUUAUGACACUCAGCUCUCUCUGCUGAUGGAUGGCCACACCGACUCGGCCCCGAACACACUGACCAGAUGCUUGGAAGCUGUGGCUGGAUGGUUUCGUGGGAGCCAAUUGAAACUAAAUCCUUCGAAGACAGAGGUCCUAUGGCUGGGUCGGGAUGGCAUGGGGAUGAGGGACCAACUCCCUUCUCUUACGGGGGCCCAAUUAGUGCCAUUGCCUUCCGUUAAGAGUUUGGGUGUAAUCCUUGACGCCUCCCUUUCCAUGGAGGCGCAAGUUACAGCAACAGCCAAGGCAACAUUUUUCCACCUUCGCCGCAUCAAGCAGUUGGUCCCUUACCUUUCCUGCCCCGACCUGGCCACAGUGAUCCAUGCGACGGUCAUCUCCAGGCUUGACUACUGUAAUUCACUCUACGCGGGGCUGCCCUUGAAGCUGACCCAGAAACUCCAGAGGGUGCAGAAUGCUGCAGCGAGGCUCCUCACGGGGUCUCUGCCAUGGGAGCAUAUUCACCCAGUGCUUUUCAAACUGCACUGGCUCACGGUAGAGUACAGGGUCAGAUUUAAGGUGCUGCUUUUGACCUUUAAAGCCCAUCACGGCCUAGGACCCUCGUACCUACGGGACCGCCUCUCCCGGUAUGCCCCACGGAGAGCCUCAAGGUCCAUAAAUAGCAACACGCUAGUGGUCCCGGGCCCUAAGGAAGUUAGAUUGGCUUCAACCAGAGCCAGGGCCUUUUCAACUCUGGCUCCGGCCUGGUGGAACGCUCUGCCUCAUGAGACCAGGGCCCUGCAGGAUCUGAUUUCUUUCCACAGGGCUUGUAAGACAGAGUUGUUCCAUCUGGCCUUUGGCUUGGAACCAAUUUGAUUCCCUCCCUCUCUUUCUUUUUUCCUUUCCUUCUCCUCCUGCGAUGAGGCUACAUUUUAAUAUUUUAAUGUUCCAAUAUUUUAAUGUUGUAUUUUAAUUUUGUUUUUAAGUUGUAAUCAUUCAACUUGUUUUUAUUAUUACUUGUAAGCCGCUCUGAGCCCAGCCUUGGCUGGGGAGGGCGGGGUAUAAAUAAAAAUAAAAAUAAAAAUAAAAAUAAUAAUUAUUAUUAUUAUAUGCCUCAUUAUUUGUGUAAUCAAUAAAGUAACACCAGACUGCAUAAAAACUGUCGAGCUUCUACUACUUUUAAAUGUUGUGUUGGUUUUUCCAAUAAUGCUGUUUGCCAAAUUGCAUUAUACCAUUGGUCCAUAGUUAAUUAUUUUAAUGAUUUCCAUGUCCUGGCAAUAGUUGUUCUUGCAGCAGUUAAUAGAUGUGUUAUGAGUUCUUUGUUUCUAAUUUGCAACAUACUGUGGCUAUUGUUAUAGGGGGGAAACAGGGGGUUUGGCUUUUACUGCCCAACUCCCCAAGGGACUGAGUCCCCUAAGUCCAUGAUCGGUCAGAGAUGAAUGGAUGGAGGAAAGAUCCACAGAAAGCAAGGCAGAUCUUUAUUUUUCUGUUGCAACAGAGUUCUCCCCUCCUCCCUUGCAAGGAGGUAGGAGAGACCCAGAACAACUGUGUGCAAGCCCCUAUAAAAACUUUUGAAAUUGCCCACCCUGUACCCCACGACCCCCCCAAAAAAACAUGAUACAUAUAUCACAGAAGGAGGCAGUCUCCAGCAAAAAACUGAGAGUAUUGCUUCUCUGCUGUCUGCCAGGAUACCUGAUAAUGCUUUACUUGAUUGCAUUUUCUGGGUAGCCAGGCCAUUCCUUUGAGAUGGUAAAUACUUUAGUUCCUGAAUCUCUCCCACAUAUUGAUAGUUUGCUCAGCUUAACAGAUACUUGCCAGACUGUAUUUGCAGGGAGAUGUAAGCCCCUACAGUCCAAAGACAAUUGGAAAGUUUUUCCCAUUUCUUCUUUGCAGAGAAAUAUUUGAAGACCAUUUGGGAGAGUCAAAAUAGCUUCAGGAUUGCUCUCUUGUACUACCUCAGACACGUGGUUUAUAUACUAAUGUAUGGGUUUGCCUUGUACAUAUAAUGAUCAUUUAUUCUAUAUUUGAGACCUUAGAAUUCUUUUUUUCAAUUCUUUUAUUAAAGUUUUGAUGAUACAGAAAGUAAAAAGAAAAUACGUAAACACACAAAAAUAAACUGCUAUUUACACAAACAAAAAUCCUUCCCAUCCCUGUGACCUUAUAAUUCUUAUAACGCUAUACAAGUUAAGUAGAGCCAGUCCUGGGGUCAUGGGGACUGCCUACCUUGUAAUCAAAGAAAUUUCUGUAAAUACAUUUCUCUAGAAAUUUCUGGUUUUGGGACAGAACAGUGGGACAUCCCAACACAUGGGAGAUGUCUUCCUUGCAGCCCAUUGUGAUGCAUGUUUACUCAGAAGUAACUCAUUAAGUUGAAUGCGAGCUACGUGCAGCAAAGGAUCGCAGCCCUGCUGUCCCGUGGUAACAAUCCAAAGCUAGAUUUUUAUUUUUGCUAAGCGCUAGAAUUUUCAACUGACAAAAAUCAAAGCCACGAUAUGAUUUUCGGGGUGGGGUAAAGAGAACGCGACUGUCCCGGAGCUCGUUCUCAUUGCGCAGACUCGAAAGGGCCUGUAGGGGAAGAGCGCCCGCCUACCCGCCCGCCGCAAAUCUUUCCUCAAACGCCUGCGAGCGCAGAGAAGGCUUGUCCAUCACGCCGUUGCGCCCGCCUUUUCCUGCGCCGCUCUACAAUCCCCGCUCUCGUUUGUUCCGGCACAGCCGCGGCCGGUCUACGGGUGAAAGUGACUUUGAGGGAAGAGCCUUGAGUGCCGCUGCUCCCGUUGCUGAGGUGCGAAGCGCGGAGGCCCGAGGGAGCCCGGGCCGGGAGGAGGAGGGGAAGCCGGAGCCCGGAGGGCUGGGCCCGGCCUUCUCUCGGAGACGGGCCGGGGUUUGGGUGCUGGUUGCCGCCAGGCCGGACUCCUUCUUUCCCUCCAGGGGAACCGGCCGACUGGAGGGCGGGCGGGGUGGGGGAGUGGGGAGGGAGCAGGGAAGUCCCGGGUUCGAAUCCCGCCAAGGAGGCUUUUCCAAGGCGCCCUUUUCUCGCCUCUCAUCGUCCCCGUUCUGUAAUACUGGGGCUUUAAUCUUCCUCUGGGGUGGACAGGCUUCAGGCCUGGUGGGACCCGCUCUGCAUUAAUAAUAAUAAUAAUAAUAACUUUAUUAUUUAUACCCCGCCCAUCUGGCUGGGUUUCCCCAGACACUCUGGGCGGCUUCCAACAAAAUACUAAAAUACAAUAAUUUAAGAAGACAUGCGCUUAAAAGAGUGGAUUCUGAGCCCAGGAAUGCGAUAAAUCACACACACGUCCACUUCCGGGUGACUACAAACCCCACCCCAACCCCCACCUCCAGGAGCCUUAAAUUAUUUUAGCAAUAUAUAUUGGAGGGUGGGGAGACCAGAACACGCAUGUAUAUAUUUCGUUGUUGUCUGAAACAAUUGGGCCAGGGCUCUUUGCUGAGGUAUUUGAAAUCAUUCAGGGAUGUGCUGCUCUUUACUCACCCUUGAUCCUGCAGGUAUUAAAGUCAGAAAGGACCUCAGAGUUCCAUCUAGUCCAGCCUACUUCUGGGUGUGAGGGGGACAGCCACUACUGCAGCAUCCUUGAUAGGUGGCAAUCUAGCUUCUGCUUAAAUCUCCUUCCAUGGCAGGAUGCUAAACAAUCUGCACAAAAUGAAGCACUCCCCCCAUAAUAUUUAGUCUCCAGUUUCUUACACAUAAUUAGAACUUCAUCUCCUACCUGCUGGAGCAACAGGAGAUAGAUUUGCCGCAUGUGACAGCUGGUCAGAUAGUUGAAGGCGACUGUUGUGCCACCUCUUAACUGUCUCUUUGACAGUCUAAAUGUAACCGAUGCUUAUACUUAUGUUUCAGAAUUGUUGCAAUGCAAUAAUACUCAGGUGGCUAAAAAAUACGAUUAAAAAAAAGGUUUUUAAAAGAUUAUUUGUAAAUACUAUGUUUCUUUUCAUUAAAUCUGAACAUAAGCAUAUUGGACAUACAGUUAAUCUCCAAAGUGAAUCAGAGCCCCUUAUUGUGCUAAAGGAGGCCUUUCCAUAUUAAUGAAGUUAUGAAUAUAAUGAACCUGUUAUGAAUAUCUACACUCUUAAGUGCUGUACACGUCUUAGGAUUUAACUGCUGUUUAGGAAAUAUAUGAAGAAGUCUCUGUGGGAAACUUUAUUUAAAUCAAUGGUUUCAAUUGCCUCCUUUCCUUUUCUGUCACCUUGAUGUAAUUCAAACAUUGCUAUUUAUGCGUGAGAUACUUUUGAGUGCUUUCUAAUGUAUUAUUAUUUGUUGUAUAGUACAUGUCUUUUUAUUUGUUGUUGGGUUGCAAGAGGCUUUUUGCAGGUGUGUUGAGCUGGCCUCCCUUUAGUCUUAGCAAGGCUGCUGUACAUUUUUUUACUAGCGGUGUAAGAAUUUUAGCAGGGAGUGCUCUUUCUGUCUGCAUGCUUGGGCAAAAGCUCCCAGUGCUGAAUUUCUGCCUGCUGCACAACUGUUGUAGGUGCAGCUGCAUAGCUGAAAGAGUAUUGGUGGUGGCAUUUUUAGUGAAGCCCCAAAGAGCUCUUUCUCUAUCCUACUGACCAGGUAAGUUGACCAGGUGGAGUGGAAGGCUUCUGAAAUGGUGCAGAAGAGGAGGCUUUGGUGGAGGCAGCUUUAAUAAAACUUGCUGCAGAACUGGCAGGUUGCACCUGCUGGAAGCCUCUGCUUAUAGAGUUACUGAAGGUACAGGAGUACUAUUCUUAAUUACUUCUCGCCAUCCUACCAAGAAGUAACUAUUGCUACUUUGGUGCAUCUGAGAUCAGGGAGCAAGACUUUUUAGGUAUGCUUGAUACACGUGUUUCAUGUAUGCAGUCAUCAGGAGUGGGAGCAGGGCUUUUGGUUGCAUUAACUUCUUGUGCUGCAGAUGUAAUACUGGGAGCUGUCAUCAUGCUCAAGGCAGCUCACAACAUGAAAAUAAUUAAACUACAAAAGUAGUAAUGAACAGUAAAUAAAACAUGUCAAAUAGUACACAACCAAACUGAACAAUUGCCACAUAAAUCAUAUGAUCUAAAAAUACAGUGGUGCCCCGCAAGACGAAUGCCUCGCAAGACGGAAAACCCGCUAGACGAAAGGGUUUUCCGUUUUUGAGUUGCUUCGCAGGACGAAUUUCCCUAUGGGCUUGCUUCGCAAGACGAAAAUGUCUUGCGAGUCUAGAGAUUUUUUUCGCUUUCCCCCUUUAUCUAAUCUGCUAAGCCUUUAAUAGCCUUUAAUAGCCUUUUAGCAGCUAAUCCGCUAAGCCUUUAAGCCUUUAAUAGCCGCUAAACCGCUAAUAGCGCUAAUCCGUUAAGCCGCUAAUAGGGUUGCUUCGCAAGACGAAAAAACCGCUAGACGAAGACUCUCGCAGAACGGAUUAAUUUCGUCUUGCGAGGCACCACUGUAAAGAUACAAGAAAAUUAGUAUCAGCAAUAGCAAUAAAACCCACUGAACAAUACCCCAAACCAAGAGUGUGUUCAGUAACCUCAGCUUUUGUAGCUGGAGUCAGCCAGGACCCCACCUUCCCAGGCCAGAUGGAAAAAAAGCUAGCGGAGCAGGUCUUCCAGGACUCGCAGCAGUGCAGGUGCAAAGAAAUUUUGCCCCUUCAGAUGUUGCUGAACCACAACUCCCAUCAGCCCCAGCAAGCAUCACCAUUUGCCAGGGAUGUAGUUCAACAUCUGGAUGGCCAGAGGUUCCCUUAUACCUGCUCUGCAUACUACUACUCUCCUUCCAGCAUGUCCACAGCAGUGUUGGGACUUGAAGCAAUAUAUUUCUGGCCUCUUAUCAGGCAGAUAUUGGGUGAUGGGGUUUUAAUGUUGUAGAUUUGUUAGGGGGUGGUGUACAGAGAUAAUAUUGUGUUAAUGUAUUUCUUUGCUGCAUGGAUUGAUAGGUAUACAUGUGUGUAUGCGUGCUUGGUGGGCUGGGGUUAGAAAGCUAACAGUGCAAGUAGAUAAAUAGGUACCACUGUGGCGGAAAGGUAAACGGCAUUUCUGUGUGCUCUGGUUUCCUUCACGGUGUUCCGUUGCACCAGAAGUGGUUUAGUCAUGCUGGCCAUAUGACCUGGAAAGCUGUCUGUGGACAAACGCCGGCUCCCUCAGCCUGAAAGCGAGAUGAGCGCCCCAACCCCAUAGUCACCUUUGACUGGACUUAACUGUCCAGGGGUCCUGAACCUUUACCUUUUAAGCAGUGUUCUGCUCCCAUGAUCUGACUGUGCUGCCAUCCAGUUGUUGGAAUGCUCCCUGAAGAUAAAAAUAUCUUUGGGACACAUAAUCCCUUAACAUGGGAUAUGGGUUCUGAGCGUUACUGCUGUGAAGCUUCUGGGUCUUUUCACAUUGCUGAUUUUAUAUAUUCUUUCAGAGAAGAGAACAUGUCUGAAACCAUAAAGGAAAAGCUGGAAAAUUACCGAACGGCUCCGUUUGACAGCCGGUUCCCCAAUCAAAACCAAACCCGGAACUGCUGGCAGAACUAUCUUGGUGAGUAUAAUUUAUUUAUGUGAAUUUUUGCAUCCUUGGGUGAGUAAUGAGAAACUAGGACUAUUCAUCAUCUGACAUCUGAGUUGCCAGAGAAGUAUAAAAAAUGUAGUUGUCCUAUUGUACCAUGUCUGAACCACCAAACUGUUGACUUUCACUAUGCAGGCAAGGUCCGUAGUGUACUGUACAAGUCUUCCUAAAAGUUUCAGGCUGCAGCACUUCUAGAUCUGUGCAUAAAAUGAGGCAGUAAGUGGAAACAAUAGGAAAAUGCAACAGGUCAGACCAUAAUAUUAUCACUAUAAUAUCCUUAUUACGAGAAUGUGCAAGUGUUUUGUAUUCUUUUUUGUAAGUUGGGUAAUCUGGGUACUUUCUAUAGUAGAGGAGGAAAGAAAGAUUAAAUAACAAUAAAAUAAGCAGAGAUAGGCAAAAAUAAUGUCUGAUGCCACCUUGUGCAGAAUACAUCAACAGAGUCUUGCGAACAGUUUGGGAUAUAAAAAGCUGCAGUGGUCAUCUUCAUAAGUCUGAAACAUUUCUCUCUCCACAGAUUUCCACCGCUGUGAGAAAGCCAUGAAUGCCAAGGGAGGAGACCCUUAUGUCUGCCAGUGGUACAAAAGAGUGUACACGUCCCUUUGCCCCGUUUCUUGGGUAUGUGAAUGGAACUGAACAGGGUUAAGGAAUGUGUAUGUGAAAGAGAAAUAGGUGUCAGGGUAAAGGAUGGGCUUGAUGGGUGGUGUUUGGCACAUUUCAGUGCUCUGUUAUUUGACUGGAGGGGAGGUUCUGUGGACCAUGGGCUGUGUUGGGUGAAGCCUCAGAGAUGCAAUAGACAGGUGCGUCAGAAAACUUGUGUGUCAAAUGUGUGUCAGAAAACUUCAAUCUGCUCAAAAUGAUAACUCCUAAAACCUAUUAUUUUGCAUAAAAUUAAUAAUGUGAACCUGAUAUGUUCCCAUAUUUUUAGCUGUAUGUGGCAAACGAACAAGGAGGAUAUGCAUUGAUAAGUGAUGGGUAAUAAAAGAACAUAACUGGAACUUCUACUAUUUUUAUUGUAUUGCCUUGGGACCUUUUCAUGGACAAAUUGCAAGGUCAAAAUUUUCUUAAAUAUGAGGAUAAGCUAGAUAGCUAUGCAGGAAACAUAAAUAUCACCUUGCGAUAUUUUGCAGGCAACUCCCACAAAACCCACCAAAGAAGACUAUUAUAAUCUAUAGUUAUGAGGAUUAGAAAUGUGAUUUAAUUUUCUACAAAGAAAGCUGCAGAAUUCCAUGUGAGGAGGAGAUCUGUAGUCUUAGUCACUUUGCCUCUGUACUAGCCCAGAAGAUAUGACUAAUCAAAGAAGCCUAUUGGUCUUUUGCAGGUCACUAGCUGGGAUGAGCGCAUAGAAGAGGGGACUUUUCCUGGCAAGAUCUGA